UGAACUGCCCUCUCCGUCCCACAAUGCAGCGCGGCACUCGGCCUUUGAAAAACCGGCGCGGCUAAUUCAAGAUGGCGGAGCUCGAGCAGCUGUUAGACGAGAGCUCAUCAGCUAAAGCCCUUGUAAGUUUAAGAGAAGGAAGUUUGUCUAAUACUCUAAAUGAGAAGAACAAUUUACCAAAAUCUCAGACCACCAGGGGAAGGAGCAGUUACGCUUCUAUGGAAACACCCACAAGGAGUUCAAAGAGGAGUCGGAUGUCCUGCGAAGAUGAGGAGCGGCCGCUCGCCUCCAGAUCUCCUAGAAGGAGUCAGAGGGUCACCACUGUGCCUCAGAAACUCGCAAAUGUUGCAACACCAGACAAAAAGGCUUCACAGAAAAUUGGGCUGAGAUUACGAAAUCUGCUUAAAUUACCCAAAGCUCACAAGUGGUGCAUCUAUGAAUGGUUCUAUUCAAAUAUCGACAGGCCUUUAUUUGAAGGAGACAAUGACUUCUGCCUGUGUUUGAAGGAGUCUUUCCCCAAUCUAAAGACAAGGAAGUUGACCAGAGUGGAAUGGGGAACAAUCAGAAGACUUAUGGGCAAACCUCGAAGAUGUUCCUCUGCGUUCUUUGUCGAAGAGCGAACAGCUCUUAAACAGAAGAGACAGAAGAUGCGUCUCCUGCAGCAGAGAAAAAUCACAGAUAUGUCUUUAUGCAAAGACCUGCCAGAUGAGAUUCCUUUGCCCUUGGUCAUCGGCACUAAAGUUACAGCUCGUCUGAGGGGUGUUCAUGAUGGCCUUUUUACCGGUCAGAUUGAUGCAGUAGAUACAAGCGCAGCGACGUAUCGCGUGACUUUUGACAGGAACGGACUUGGCACACACACGGUUCCUGACUAUGAAGUGCUUAGUAAUGAACCUCAUGAGACGAUGCCUAUAUCUGCCUUCGCUCAGAAGCAGCGGGCGCCUCGUUUCCAGAAUUUUCUGACCCCUCCACGUGGGUCCUAUCCCGGCUCAACCCAGUCCAUCUUAAUGGAUAAUGACCCGCUGUUCAGUCAGUCCCCCUGGAGAGGUAAACUAACAGGAACCGACGGAGAAACGCUGGGUGGAUUUCCUGUCAAAUUUCUUGUGCAAGUGACUCGCUUGUCCAAAAUCCUCAUGAUUAAAAAAGAACACAUAAAGCAUUUGAAGGAGAUGAACGCAGAAGCCGAAAAACUGAAGUCUUAUUCAGUGCCCAUCGGGUUGGAUUUACAGAAGAGAUAUGCCAUGACUGUGCUGGACCUAGAACAGCUUAAUAAGGACCUCAACAAGGUCUUACACGAAGUCCAGCAGUUUUGCUAUGAGUUGGCUCCAGAUCAGGGCAUGCAGCCUGCAGACCAGCCCAGUGAGCUCAGAAGACGAUGUGAAGAAGAGUCUCACGACGUCGUGCGGCAGAUUAACACGUCGCCCGAUGGAGAACAGCGUGUGCAGAGCCCGGGCCUCACCCAGCUGGUCUCCCGUCUCACAGCUCUCCUCUUGCAGAUCAGGUGUUUGGCUGAGGGGGGUGACCUGAAUUCAUUUGAAUUCAAAUCGUUGACAGACUCUCUGAAUGACAUAAAGAGUUCAAUAGAUGACUCCAACCUCAGCUGCUUCCAGGAUAACGUAGAGAUCCAUGUAGCACAUAUACAGAGUGGUCUGAGCCAGCUGGGUAACCUCCAUGCUUUCUCUGCCAACAACACUAACGGAACGUGACGGAAAUAAAACUCAUCACCCGGGAAUUCAAUCAGCAGCUCAUCUCUCCCAACAAUCGUUCUUGAUGUGUAUUCAUGUUAAAAGAGGUCAAAAUUUGUUCUGUUUUCGUUCCGGCACCGUUAGUGUUUCAAUUCCACUCCCACUGGCAUGAAAGUGCCAUGGGUGAUGUUUAAUUACCUAGCAAACGGAGUGUGAAGUUUGUUUUGUGAAGACAGAAUUGUUCUGACUGUCAUUUCAAAUGUUUCUCACACUUAUGAUUUAUUUAAAGUUCCCUUGUUUUAAUUUAGUAGUUUUCAACUAAGAUGCACACCAAACAACACUCCUCAUUCGUCACCGUUUUUGUUAAAAGUUUUGCAUUACAUUUCAUUCUCUCGCUCUGAACUUUCCCAAAAGAUUGUUUAACUUUCAUUGUACUAAGAGGGGAGGUGCAGUUCUGUUUGUAUUCAAAAUGUCCUGUAAGUUUUAAAUAUGUACAUUGUAGAUAACUGUACAGUUCACUCAAAAUAUAUCAAUAAAUGAUCAUAUAUAGGGUAACGUGGACUUGCCAGAUUUGGGUAUUUUUGCAAAGACACUGAUCUGUUUAUAAAAGUCUUAAAUAGACAACUGUGUGGAUUGAAACACUCUGUCUUGUCCUUAGAAUAAACUAAUCCUGCCCCACUGUUGUAUGUUUUUAAAUGAGUUUUGUGGGAGCUUUUUUAACCUGUAAGUGUAUGCAUGAUACAAAGUGUUUGUAAAUAAAUUGAUUUCUAUUAUCUU